AUGCCUGUUCCCGAGUCAACCUACCUGAGUCCUGUGUGGCGUGACGGCCUCUUCAACGGCCGCGUCGUAUUCGUCACGGGAGGCGCCGGCACCAUUUGUAGCAUGCAGACGCGGGCGCUGGUGCGUCUGGGAGCAAAUGCGUGCAUUGUGGGCCGCAAUGUCGAGAAGACGGAGGCGGCAGCCAAGGACAUUGCUACGGUCAGGCAGGGGGCCAAGGUGAUUGGUGUUGGGGACUGUGAUGUGCGAAAGCCCGAGUCUCUCAAGGCUGCAGCCGACAGAUGCGCCCAGGAGCUGGGUGGCAUCGACUUCGUCAUCGCCGGCGCAGCAGGCAACUUUGUCGUCCCCCUAGAAGGCAUGAGCCCCAACGCCUUCAAGGCCGUCAUAGACAUUGACGUCCUGGGCACCUUCAACACCGUCAAGGCCACCAUGCCUCACAUUCUGCGCAGCUCCCGCCCUCGCAUCAUCUUCAUCUCGGCCACCUUCCACUACACAGGCAUGCCCCUCCAGGCUCACGUGUCGGCGGCCAAGGCGGCCGUGGAUUCCCUCAUGGCGUCUGUGGCGCUCGAAUACGGCCCGCGCGGCGUCACGAGCAACACCAUCGCCCCCGGCGGCAUCGAGGGCACCGAGGGCAUGGCCCGUCUGAGCAGCUUCGCCGAGACCGACAGGGCUCUCUACGACAAGAGCAUCCCCCUGGGCCGCCAGGGAACCGUGCGCGACGUCGCAGAUGCAACCGUCUUUCUCUUCAGCGACGCGGGCUCAUAUAUCAACGGCCAUGUCAUGCCCGUCGACGGGGCGGCCUGGAGGCGACAGGGCGACGUGAGGGUUGGGGUCGACCAUUCUGUGACGUAUCCUGAUUUUUUGCUGUCGGGGGAAAUUUCCGAUAACCUGAGGGAUCCGCGCAAGGACAAGGAGUCCAAGCUAUGA